AAUCUCGCGUUACUUUGAGUGCGUGAGCUCUGCGCAGUGAGAACUGCAGCUAGUCCGCCAUUGCUGCAUGAACAACUAUCGGAUUCGGCGUUUGGCUGUCAACAAUAAACUUGCAGUGCCGGGACGCGGAGCUACGAGGUCGAGUGAAAGCUCGUCGGCUGCUCCUCAAACCAGUCGUCACCCCGGUCCCUUCCCGGAAAACACGUUCAUAUGAAUACAGAGCCCACGGACGAGGCGACCAUGUCCAAUCUCAGCAGAGGCGGCACCAAGAAGGACACCAAAAUGAGGAUAAGGGCCUUUCCUAUGACCAUGGAUGAAAAAUAUGUCAACAAUAUCUGGGACCUUCUGAAGAAUGCUAUUCAGGAGAUACAGAGGAAGAAUAACAGUGGCCUCAGCUUUGAGGAGCUAUACAGGAACGCCUAUACAAUGGUCCUACACAAACACGGAGAGAAACUGUACACAGGCCUGCGGGAGGUGGUCACUGAACACCUUAUCAACAAAGUCAGAGAAGAUGUUCUUAAUUCUUUAAACAACAACUUCCUCCAAACUCUAAAUCAAGCUUGGAAUGACCAUCAGACAGCGAUGGUGAUGAUCCGAGACAUUCUAAUGUAUAUGGACCGGGUGUAUGUGCAGCAGAACAACGUAGAAAAUGUCUACAACCUGGGCCUUAUCAUUUUUAGAGAUCAGGUGGUUCGUUACGGCUGUAUCAGAGACCACCUCCGGCAGACCCUGCUGGACAUGAUUGCACGGGAGCGGAAGGGGGAAGUAGUGGACAGGGGAGCCAUUAGAAAUGCCUGCCAAAUGUUAAUGAUCCUCGGUCUUGAAGGAAGGUCUGUUUACGAGGAAGACUUUGAGGCGCCGUUCUUAGAAAUGUCUGCAGAAUUUUUCCAGAUGGAGAGCCAAAAAUUCCUUGCGGAAAACAGUGCCAGUGUUUAUAUAAAGAAGGUGGAAGCCAGGAUUAAUGAAGAGAUUGAGCGGGUGAUGCACUGCCUGGAUAAGUCAACUGAGGAACCUAUUGUCAAGGUGGUGGAACGGGAACUCAUCUCCAAACACAUGAAAACUAUCGUGGAGAUGGAGAACUCCGGUCUGGUCCACAUGCUUAAGAAUGGCAAAACUGACGACUUGGCAUGCAUGUACAAGCUCUUCAGCAGGGUUCCCAAUGGUCUGAAAACCAUGUGUGAAUGUAUGAGCUCAUAUCUGCGGGAACAAGGAAAGGCCCUGGUGUCAGAGGAGGGAGAGGGAAAGAACCCUGUGGACUACAUCCAGGGUUUGCUGGACUUAAAGUCCCGUUUUGACCGGUUCCUUCAGGAGUCCUUCAACAAUGAUCGACUCUUCAAACAAACUAUCGCUGGGGACUUUGAGUACUUCCUUAAUCUCAACUCUCGCUCUCCAGAAUAUCUCUCGCUCUUCAUUGAUGACAAACUGAAGAAAGGUGUAAAAGGGCUGACAGAGCAGGAGGUAGAGUCUAUACUGGACAAGGCCAUGGUGCUUUUCCGCUUCAUGCAGGAGAAGGACGUCUUUGAGAGAUACUACAAGCAACACUUGGCCCGGAGGCUGCUCACCAACAAGAGCGUCUCUGAUGACUCUGAGAAAAACAUGAUCUCAAAGCUCAAGACCGAGUGCGGUUGUCAAUUCACCUCAAAACUGGAAGGCAUGUUCCGCGACAUGAGCAUCUCCAACACUACUAUGGACGAAUUUAGACAACAUCUACAGACAACUGGGGUGUCACUUGGAGGGGUUGAUCUCACUGUGAGAGUCCUGACCACAGGAUACUGGCCCACACAAUCAGCAACACCCAAGUGCAAUAUCCCGCCUUCACCACGACACGCGUUUGAAGUCUUUAGAAGGUUUUAUCUUGGCAAACACAGCGGCAGACAACUCACACUGCAGCACCACAUGGGCUCGGCAGAUCUGAACGCCACCUUUUAUGGACCUAUCAAGAAGGAGGAUGGGUCGGAGGUUGGAGUGGGAGGAGCUCAGGUGACAGGCUCCAACACCAGGAAGCACAUCCUGCAGGUCUCAACCUUUCAAAUGACCAUCCUCAUGCUGUUCAACAACAGGGAAAAGUCCACGUUUGAGGAGAUCCAGCAGGAGACGGACAUCCCAGAGAGGGAGCUGGUGAGAGCGCUGCAGUCACUGGCCUGUGGGAAACCCACUCAGAGAGUACUCACCAAGGAGCCCAAGUCUAAGGAAAUAGAGAAUGGACAUGUGUUUACAGUCAACGACCAGUUUACCUCUAAACUGCACCGUGUCAAGAUCCAAACAGUGGCUGCUAAACAGGGUGAGUCGGACCCAGAGAGGAAGGAGACUCGACAGAAAGUCGACGAUGACAGAAAACACGAGAUCGAAGCUGCCAUUGUCCGCAUCAUGAAGUCUAGGAAGAAGAUGCAGCACAAUGUGCUAGUAGCUGAGGUCACACAGCAGUUGCGAGCACGGUUCCUCCCCAGUCCUGUAGUCAUCAAGAAGAGGAUUGAAGGACUCAUUGAGAGGGAAUAUUUGGCACGAACACCAGAGGACCGUAAAGUGUACACAUAUGUAGCAUAAAACAAGUGAAUUGAUUGAGAGCUAACAACGAGUUGAGAAAAAAACCAAGAGCCUUGUUUCUUGUGGACUGCAAUUUGUUUGAACGGACUUGGAAGUGCUUUCGUCAUUGAUUCUGGGAAACACUGGGAAGCUUAACUUUUCUUCCAUAUCUUGUGUAACAAAAAAAAAACAACAUCAGGCUUAAGAAGGGGAGUUUUCUAGCAAUAUUAGAUUUCUUCUGCUGACAUGUUGAGGAGAGUGAAAAGAGGGGAUCUAGUUUUGUACAAAAUUGUGUUUCUUGUGGCCUUUGGAAAGAUUGGGUUGAGCCUGUUUGCCAUUCGACUACAUGCUGUGAGAGAACAAGUGUCAACAUGUUAAAGCAAAAACCCGGCUACACGAAGACCAAGAAAAACAUUUGAAUCCACUCCCGUUUUUAAUGUUGAUGUCAGUGUGUUAUGUUUUGUGUUUUGUGGCACAACGAUGGCUGUACAGGUUGACAGACACUCUUGGUGUUUUCCUUCCAGAGGAUUCUAAGCGUUUGUGAAGAGGACAUAGUGUUAACUGGUACAGACCUGGUUGACAACGGCAGUACAUAACACUUUGAGUACUUGAGAAAUUGUGAAGAGUGCUUAAAUUAUGUUGCAAGUAUGUCUGUUUUCUUUGAGCUUGUUGAAUUACUUAUGUGAAAUAAGUGCACCUCACUUAGCUGAAAUAUUUAAUGCCAUUUUCAAUAUUUUGUCCAGGUCUGUACUAGUGGUUACAGAGACCGAGGUGUAGUUUCACAGCAUGCUUUUGUCUAAUGGAUCAAUUUGGAGGGACGCAUAUAAAAAGCUCCAUAAAUGCUGUCUGCUCUCAUGACACGUUUUUUUUUUUUUUUUACUUCAGGCCUGCUUUGUGAUCAGCCAAACGAGGAUGUUUGAGUGAAAGAUGCAGGUUUCAAGGAUUUUGUUUUUCUUUUUCGUUUUUUUUUUUCAUUCUCGACUGCAUUUUGAACAGGUGAAACCAGUCCAAGCACCGCAUUCUGAUGUGUACAAAUUGUAAAAUAAUUAUUGUACUCACUGCAAAGGUGGAUUGUACAGGGCCUUGUCUUCCUCAUAUUAAAUGUAGAAUUAAAAUAAA